AUGAAGGUUCCCUCGGCUCUGAUUGGCUUGCAAAGCCUCUCGCUAGGCGUUUUCCUCGGACAGGUGGCUGCCACGCCGCUACCUCCGAAACCUUCAAGAGCAACCGUCGCGGAUGGAACGGCGGCCCUCGAUCAGGGAACUGUGAAGGGUUUCACUGAUGAUUAUGGAAACUCUGUUUUCCUCGGCAUUCCAUUUGCGCAGACAACUGGGGGACAGAACCGAUGGAAGGCUCCCAAGGACGUCAAGAAGCUGAAGAAGGGCGAAGUGCUCGAUGCCACAAAGUAUGGUGCGACAUGUCCACAGGCCAUUACCGGUACAACAUACUCCCAGCAAGAUGAAGAUUGCUUGAACCUCAACAUCUGGGCGCCAUCUUCGAACAGCCCUCCGUCAGGCCCACCAGGUCCACCGGGUUCUCCACCAGGCUUAGACGCACCCGGUGGUCUUCCGGUAUUCGUCUACAUGUAUGGCGGCGCGAUGGUAACGGGCUCAAGCAGCAAUCCAGCCUACGUCGGAGAGAAUUUCGCUCGCAAGGGAGUUGUCUUCGUUAGCUUCAACACUCGUGAGAGUCUUUGGGCAUACCCCAACUCUGCCGAACUUGUCGAUGGCGAGGAGUCGCAGAACUUUGGCAUUCUCGAUGUCGACAAGGCUUUGAAAUGGGUCUUCGACAACAUCGCCCAGUUUGGCGGUGACCCCAACCGUGUCGUGUUCGGAGGUCAUUCUUCUGGCUCUGUUCAGGUCGACCACUACCUCUGGAACCACCCCAACACACCACUCGUCGGGGCCGUUCAGAUGGCUGCCAACGCAAAGUCUGGCCCUGCCGUCGGUCCCACCAACGAAGCGCUCGACCUCGUUGCCAAAGAGGUUGGCUGCGCAACUGGUGCAGGACAGCUCGAGUGCCUGCGCAAGGUGGACAUGUACGCCUUCCAAACCGAGGCCUUCAACGCCACCUUGAACACGUACUUCACGCCUGUCGUCGACGAGAAGACACGCUACCAGGACUAUGCUGCGCGGUUCGCUGCCGGUAACUACGCUUCCCACGUACCCCUCCUGACGGGUAACUCCGACAAAGAGGGCGCCCUUUUCGGUUUGGUGUACGGCAGCGAGAACACAGACUUUUCGGCGUGGCUCAAGACCUUCGAUGCUGACGUCGCCGAGAUCCCAAACAACAUCAUCGAGGCCGCGUACGACAUCGCCGACUAUUCCAGUGUCUCGGAAAUGAGCGGCGCCCAGUACGGUGAUGCACGCUUCUUCUGCCCUGUCGACCACUUCAUCGACUUGCGCAGCGAGACCCAAGACACUUGGUCAUACCGCUUCCUCGGCAACUACUCCAACCUCUUGCCUCUGCCUGUCGACUACCCAACGCACGGCGCUGAGAUUCCCUUCUUCUUCGGAGGCAACGGUGCCUUUGCUGGUGUUGAGGGAGUGACUGCCGAGGAACAGGCGCUUGCUGACUUCCAGAACGACUGGUUCGUCGAGUUCAUCAAGAACCCCGCCGCUGGUCCUGGAUGGGAAAAGGCCACUCCUCGCAGCGGCCCGAUUGCGAAGCUUGGUGUGCCUGGAGACGAGCUUACUGUUGAAAUUGGCAACACAGCCGAUUACAAUGGCAGAUGUCAAAAGGUAUACAACCCGUAUCUUCCAAAGUAUCCUGUCAUUCAGAGCGUACUCUCUGGUGUCGUGGACAUGGUAGAGGGCAUUAUCGGAAACUAG